AAUCUUAAAAGUUUUGACCCAGGUGAAAAAUACUUUUGUAACACUUCAUGGAGUGAUGUCUCUCCUUGGGAGUCUGUGGGCAAAAGGAAGAGAUACAGAACAAAGCCGUACUGCUGUAGCUUAUGCAAGUUCUCGUCAAAAUUGCUUACUUCAUUCAAGAAUCACUUGCACCGCUACCAUGAGGAUGAAAUGGACCAAGAGCUGGUGGUUCCUUGCCCAAAGUGUGCAUUUGCUUCUGACCCCAAAAUAGUGGGAAAACAUAUCCGGAUGUUUCAUUCAUCUAAUAAAAGAAUACAGAACUAUACAGUCAGCAUUUUGGAUGGCAUGAAACAAUUCAGGAGUGACAUCAUAAACUUUACAUGUCUAAAAUGUCACUUUACAGACACAUUGUAUUACAAUAUGAAGAAACAUGUGCUGAUGAACCAUUUUCAAAAUUUAAUAAGUACAUAUUUUGGCCAGAAAUCUGAUGAAAGUAAAGAGAAUUCUAUUGAGUAUUACUGUAAAAAAUGUAAUGCUUCUGCAAACAGCCAGGAUUCUCUAAUGUAUCAUGUCUUGACGGCUGAAACACACAGAGACCUAGAGAACAAGCUUCGGUCUGUGAUUUCGGAACAUAUUCAGAAACCAGGACUCGUGAAACAUAUGCAUAUUGCUCCAAAGCCUCCCCAAGGCGUGGCAGUGGCUGCUCCAUCUGCAGGCCCUGCCUCUGCCCCAGCAGGUUCUGUCACAGCUCCGGCUUGCAUCCAGCUUGCAUUUCCACAGAAUAAUCAAAACCAGACUGUGGUGCAGCCAAAAGCUGUUCAAAACGCAGUCAGGUCACUGGCUGUUCCAAGUGCCUCUGGUAGCCUUCCACAUACCACUUCUGCUCCAGUUGUUACCCCACCGCAUGUUACACUCGUGUCUAGUAAUCUUCCUGUAGCUCAGAAUAACGUUAAUAUUCAGCCGUCACCUUCUCAGCCCAUCAUUGUUUCCCAUGGGCUCCCCCUUAACCCACCUAUUCCUCUAAAUCAUUCUGUGGGGACCCCAAACAGACCUGUGGCCCCUGCGGUUCUUCCUCUUAAUCAACCUGUUGGGCCUGGGCUCUUUCCUAUCAAUCCACCCAUUGGUACCAUCAGUGGUCCGGUUGCAGCUGGAGCGCUGCCUGUUACUCAGCCUGUCAGCCCUGGGAGUCGACCGGUUGCACCAGGAGUCCUCUCUGUCAACCAGUCCCUUGGGAACGUGAGUAGACCCCUCGGUCCCGGCGUCCUUCCUGUGGCGCAGACAGUUGGGUCAGGGGUUCUCCAGCUUAACCAGCCUGUUGCCUCUGGGGUCGUCCCUGUCAGGCAGCCCAGCGGACCUGGCUUUCUGCAGAUCAAUCAGCCUGUUGCCCCAGCGGUUAUCCCCGUGAAUCAGCCAAUCCAACCUGCGGUUUCUCAAAACGCAGCCUUUCUGACUGCAGGGUCUAUACUGAGGCAGUUGAUUCCGACUGGGAAACAGGUUAAUGGGAUACCUACCUACACGCUUGCCCCAGUUUCGGUUACUUUGCCUGUACCUCCUGGUGGCGCAGUGGCAACUGUUGCACCACCACAAGUGCCCAUCCAACUCAUGCCGCCUGGGACAGUAACUCAGCUGUCCCAGCCUCUGGCGAAUGCCCCCUCUCCUCCAGUGGUUUUAACAUCUCAGAAUCUGUCGUUACAGCCCUCCGCACCUGGCCCUGAGACAAGCCAGGCCGUCAGGCAGGCCAAGCAGUGGAAGACUUGCCCUGUUUGCAAUGAGCUUUUCCCAUCAAAUGUCUACCACGUGCACAUGGCGGUGGCCCACAAACAUGGUGAAGUGAAAAAGGAGGAAACCCCGCAGCCUGACAAGCUUGCCGCUUGUGCACCCUUUCUAAGGUGGAUGACGGAAAAGACAGUCCGGUGUUUCUCUUGUAAAUGUUUUCUCUGUGAGGAAGAGCUCAUGAAACAUCUCUUGAUGCAUGGCUUAGCUUGCUUGUUUUGCACAGUUACUUUCCAUGACUUAAAAAGCCUCGUGGAGCACAAUAAAACUACGCACGAUGGGAAAAAGGAGUUACAUGCAGAUUAUAGUAACAGAGGAUUUCAACUCGGUAAUGAUGCUCAGGGUGACCUUGUGUUUCCACACUUUGAUUUCAGCACAGUGUUACCAAAAGAAGACAUUGGUGAAAAAGAAGUGCAUUUGGCGGUGCUUGCUGGACUAAAUUCAAGGACACUGGUACCUGUUUACAUCAAAGUGAAACCUCAGACGGCAGAAGUGAGCAACAGAUGCAACAAGAAAGUGUUAACCUGUCCCUUCUGCUUUGGUACGUUUGUUAGUAAGGAAACCUAUGAAGUGCAUUUGAAAGAGCGGCAUCACAUCAUGCCAACUGUACAUACAAUUUUGAAGUCUCCCGCUUUCAAGUGCAUCCACUGUUGUGGCGUGUACACUGGAAAUAUGACUCUGACAGCUAUCGCGGUGCAUCUGCUCCGUUGUCGAAGUGCUCCCAAAGACAGCAACUCGAGCGUGAAGAUGCAGCUUGAGCGUUCUGAGAAGAAGGAGCUGCUGUUCUUGAAUGGUGAAAAGCACGUUUCUGUGAUCCUGAAAAGAAAGCAACCGGAUUCCUUCUUUCUUGCGGAAGACCAAAGGAAUAAGGAUCUACAGGCUCUGGGCUUCAGUGCUGGCAUAGCUCUGUCUCCAGAAAGAGAAGCGAAUUCAGGGGUAGUGCCUUUCAAACGACAGAGGAUUAGGACUGAGGUGAAGAAGCUCCUUUCUAGUGAGGAUCUUCGCAUUCUGGCAGUAGAUCCCAAACAGUACGAUUACAAUUCGUAUGAGGCUCAAAAGCAGUUUUUGACAGACUACUUUCACGAGAGGCCGUACCCUUCUAAAAAAGAGAUGGAAUUACUUUCCAUGCUGCUGUAUGCGUGGAAAAUCGAUGUUGCAUCGUUCUUCGGAAAAAGGAGGAAUAUAUGCUUAAAUGCGAUAAAUAAUCACAAACCGUCUGUGCUGCUGGGUUUCAGUAUGUCUGAACUAAAAAAUGUUAAGCACAGCUUGAAUAUUAGUGAUGAACCAUUAGAUAUGUAA